CUUGACUUUGUUCGUCGAGAACCAACACCACAGCUUUCAUGUCGACAGAUAUCGGCUUAACGGACAACAUGGUUAGCAUCACCAGCGGAAAAGGUGCUAACGAUAUAAACCCAGCCCUUUGUGAGCACUAUGCUGGACCAUUUUCUCGUUUGGACAGGGUACAUUUCGACUUGCUAUACUGGGUUUUGUUUGGCGGAAACAUCCUACUUCUCUCAUUUGUAUCAUUUUGGUACUCACGCACGAGCGAACGCACAAAAGACCUGAGAAGCGACGACUCCAAGUUUCGUUACCUUCAUCUCCGAUGCCUCUACGUCAGUGCCUCCUGCGCCUCCGUCUCUGUCGUUAUGGUCGUCAUUGAGGUGUACGCGCUUUUGGCCCUGCAAUUCUGCGACGGCGAGGAUCUCAUGUCCCUCUACUGGGCCACCUGGACGAUGCUACAGUUCGGAUCAGUCAUUGCCAUUUUCGGAAUCAUUUUGCACAUGGCCCUGGUGCUUCAGGGUCACGACCGACCGCCGUGGGCAUUGGCUCUGGGAACGCCAGUUCUGGUCGUUGCCGGAUUGGGUAACCUGGUCAACUCGAUGCUCCAUCGCAAGGGCACCAAGGUCAUGGAGCGCACAAGGAGCAGAAGCAGAGCGAACAGUAAGGCUGGGAGUCUGUCUAUGAGCCAGACACCAACAAUCCGCGACGAAAGCGUAGAGGCCCUUCCUAGGCGCGCAUCCCCACAACCGCAAGCAGCCACUCCUCUACUUCAGCAAGCCGCAUUUGUAGGAACCGCGCCGGACGGUGGGAUCAUCAUCCAAUUUUCUCAGUCCAGCCCGGAUCUCGAGUGCCGCGGCAGGCUACUGUCGAGGGACAACGAAGGGCGAGUUAUGGUCUCGUUCAGCCGCGACAAGGUUAUGUUUGCAGACGAGCAGCCGCAACCACAGCAACAGCCACCGAAGGCCGCCUUGGUACAACAACAGAUCGCAUCAGAGCCCUCGUCCUCAUCGUCGAGCCCAAGGAGGUCAAACACCAGGGCGGCCCCCAACCUGCCGCUCAUGUCGGAUUUAAACCUUGGCGCGCCGGCGGCCCCUCCGUCUAGUGUUGCGAAACCAUGA